UGUCUCACCAUCUUCUCGGCGUCCAACUAUUACGAGGCAGGCAGCAACAGAGGCGCCUACGUCAAGCUACAGGGACCCAACCUCGAACCUCACUUUGUCCAGUAUACCGCCGAGUUAAAGUCUCGGAAGCUGACCAUCCGUGAACGUGUAGGUAGGAUGGAGACGUCAGCUUUCAGGGAACUUCGCGGUCAGAUUCACGCAUCCAGGUCCAAACUUCUCGAGGCCUUCCAACAGAAGGACAAGGGUAAAACAGGUUACAUAAGUGUUGGAGACUGGGUGGAGGUGAUGGAGAAGGAGAGUAAACUCAACCUGCCCUGGCGUGUCUUGAAAGACAAACUGGUGUUUCUUCAUCCUACAAACGGCCAAGUCAACUACCGCAGCACCUUCAGCGACGAGACCAUCAAGAAAGACCUGGCUGUUAAGGGUGGACCUACAGUGGUGGAGGCGCUGUACCGUCACAAGAGCAGCCUCGAGACAAUCUUCAGACUCAUCGAUAAGGAUAACUCAGGACACAUCAGCAUGGAGGAGUUCAAGGAGACGUGUGAGUUGCUGAGCCGCCACAUCGAGGUACCUAUCUCUACCCAGGAGAUCACCGACCUGGCACGCUCCAUCGACAUCAACAAAGAUGGAUACAUCGACUUUAACGAAUUUCUAGAGUGUUUCCGUAUUGUGGAGUCGACGAGAAGGAGCGCCGACGACGAGGAUGACGACGACGAUGAUGACUAUGACGAACAUGACGAGGAUAAUGAACACCAGAAUGGCGACGCCGAACUGCACAUCGACGCAGAAAACACUAAAUGCGAACAAGUCAGCCAUAAGAAGCGAUAAUAUACUAUAUACUACUUUCUACUGCAGUGUGUAUGUCCCAGUGUGUACCUCGCCCCUCAUACAAUACCGCCAGGAGCUGCUCACCCCCGCACCUCCCUCCUACAUGUGCGUGAGGAGGUAGUGACCUGAGAUGACUUGGACAAAAGUGUUACAAAUGUUGGUUGUGCACAUAGAAAAUUUUACGUCAGUUUACCUGUAGUACUGCUCUUUUCUCACUCAGUGAUGCAUACAUUCUAAACCCGUCAUUUUGGGCAAAGAUGAAGGCUGUUUUUUAUGAUCAGUUUGUUCAGUCAGAAGUAAGAUUUCUGUGAACACUUGAACUAGAGCGACGUCGUGGGGGUCCUGGCCAAACUAACUUAUUACUACUAACAGAUACUGGUCACCGGAUUAAUUCUGUUUAUGAGCGAAUUUUAUGAUAUGUAAGACGUGUGUGAAGGUGAGACAGCUUAUGUUUGUCACCUCUUCUGACUAAACACAAACCCUAAACAACCUUGCGUGUUUUACCCAGUUAAUCAUUCUCACAAAUUCACUCUACCAGCAGUUGUCAUCAUUCUGGCAACUUUCUGCUUUAUAGAAUAUUUACAUUUUAUUACAUUUUAUAAGAGAAUUUAGUACCACUAUAGUUAGAUAUAGACGAUUUUUCAACAUUAUGAAUCACGAAUUCCUUCUAACUCUUUCUUGUAAUCAGCCGCCGCAACCGCUAUGAAGGGUGUUUAAGUUUUAAGAGGAAAACUACGUUGAGUGGCCAGGCACACUAUAGAGGAGGCAGGAGUACCGUAGGUGAGGCAGGAGUACCGUAGGUGAGGCAGGAGUACUGUAGGUGAGGCAGGAGUACUGUAGGUGAGGCAGGAGUACCGUAGGUGAGGCAGGAGUACUGUAGGUGAGGCAGGAGUACUGUAGGUGAGGCAGGAGUACCGUAGGUGAGGCAGGAGUACCGUAGGUGAGGCAGGAGUACCGUAGGUGAGGCAGGAGUACUGUAGGUGAGGCAGGAGUACUGUAGGUGAGGCAGG